GAUUUUCCCGCUGGCUUUCUCACCUUGUCUUUCUUCUCACUGUGCCUGGCAAUGGCGGAAGCUGGGACGUUCUGCACUCAAUUUUUACCCAAUUUCUCCCCUAAGAAAUCCAGAAGAAGUAAAUUCUUGAUUCCUUCUAUGUGCACUAGCAGGACGAUCCGGGUACGGUCUGCGAUCUCUCUGCCCUCCUCCGAAACCCUCGGCACCAUUCCCUGGGGCUGCGAGAUCGAGUCUCUGGAGAGUGCCAUCACCCUGCAGAAAUGGCUCACGGAUUCCGGCCUUCCACCCCAGAAGAUGGCGAUCGAUCGGGUCGACAUCGGCGAUCGGGGGCUCGUCGCCCUCAAGAACGUCCGGAAGGGGGAGAAGCUGCUGUUCGUUCCGCCGCCCCUUGUGAUAUCUGCCGAUUCGGCAUGGACCUGUCAAGAAGCAGGUGAAGUUUUAAGGAAAUUUAACGUGCCAGACUGGCCGUUACUUGCGACAUAUUUGAUCAGUGAAGCUAACAUCGGUGUGUCUUCAAAAUGGCAUCCAUACAUUUCCGCCUUGCCGCGGCAGCCAUAUUCGCUCUUAUACUGGACUCGCACGGAGUUAGACACGUAUCUGGAAGCUUCACAAAUCCGAGAACGGGCUAUAGAAAGGAUUACCGAUGUUUCUGGAACAUACAAUGACCUUAAGAUCAGGGUAUUUUCCAAAUACCCCCAUUUAUUUCCUGAGAAGGUGUUCAACAUGGAAACCUUCAGAUGGUCAUUUGGGAUUCUCUUUUCACGAUUGGUGCGGUUGCCAUCUAUGGAAGGAAAGGUGGCCUUAGUCCCUUGGGCUGACAUGCUUAAUCACAAUUCAGAGGUGGAGACAUUUCUAGAUUAUGAUAAAUCAUCAAAAGGAGUUGUCUUCACAACUGAUCGGUCUUAUCAACCAGGUGAGCAGGUUUUUAUAUCCUAUGGGAAGAAAUCAAACGGCGAGCUUUUGCUUUCCUAUGGUUUUGUUCCUAGCGAAGGGUCCAAUCCAAAUGAUUCAGUGGAUCUGUCUUUAUCACUUACUACAUCUGAUCCUUGUUUCAAGGAAAAGCUAGAGGUUCUGAAGAAGCAUAACUUGUCAACGCCUCAAAGAUUCCCUCUGCAAAUCACUGGUUGGCCAUUGGAAUUGAUGGCAUAUGCUUAUCUAGCUAUCAGCCCGCCAACUAUGAGGCAACACUUUGAGGAGAUGGCUGCUGCAGCUUCCGGUAAAACCACAUCCAGAAAGGGGCUGAAGUAUCCAGAGCUUGAGGAACAAGCCCUGCAGUUCAUUUUGGACUGCUGUGAAUCAAGCAUCACUCAGUACACCAAAUUCAUUGAGGAAAGCAAAUCUAUUAAUUUGCCUGUAGCUUCUCCAAAUCAAGUGGACCGGAGAUUGUUACUGAAGCAACUAGCUGUGAACUUGUGUACCAGUGAACAACGUAUACUAUUUCGUGCUCAAUAUAUUAUUCGGCGGAGACUGAAGGACAUGCGAGCUGGUGAACUGCGAGCCCUUUCAAUAAUGAACGGCUUCAGGAAGCUAUUCAAGUAGUGUGCGUCUACGUCUUCACCAGCAAAAUUCUUUUGAUUAGCUCCGUAUCAUUAUCAACAACGUUCGGCAGCUUCGGCUGGUGACGACAGGGUUGUGAUGCGUCUAUUUUAUUCCUUCAUCUCUAAAUCUGAGAGUCUUCUUUCUGUUGGGGUCCAAUCUUUCUAUGUUGGAUGAAAGAAAUGAUUUCAGUAUCCUAUUUCUUUCAAUGGCCUUUCUUUGAAGCCAUGGCUCCCUGGAAACUCAACAAUGUGAACGUUAGACUUGAAGAGACUUUUAUCAGCAUCAGCCAUGGUUUGACUUGGCCAUGUAGUGUUCUUAAUGGAGCCAAGCAUGGCUCGACAAUCGAGUAACCCUCUCUGAGCUAUUGUUAUGUUUUGAUUAAGCCAUUUGUCUUUGGCCAA